UUAAAAUAUAUUAUUGCCUUUUAGCAACAUUACACCACUCAAUGUCCACUUUUCUGAUCAUAUUAAUAAUACAGGCGCCAAAGCGCUAUAAAACCUUCGGAUUUCUUAUUAGGUUAUUAAACUAUUGUUCAUACUAUCAUGGUGGAGGAAUGCCUACUUAAAAAAUGUCUCAUCAAAAAGGAUUCUGUAUGUAAAUUGUAAAGUGUGAAAUAAUUUUAUUUUUUAUAGUGCACAGCAUACAACAUAAAUGUAAUGACUGUUAUACGACACACAAGUAGACUAGAAAUGUUAAGCAUACGAGCUCUAAUGGCAGUCAUAUACCGUUGAAGAAGAUAUUUGAUAGAGAAAAGAUAAAUCGAGUAACUCGGGGAAACGUAUACACAUAAACUAAAAAAUAAAACAAACAAUUAAAACAAAAUUUUCCAUAGCGUUAUAUACUUUUAAAUUAAUUACUUGAUGAAUAUAGACUUAAAAUUGUCUUCGUGAUAUAGAUUUUACGAGUAGCCACAGAUGGACAAUCGGCUGGAGCACCCUAGGAGAAAAAUUAAGAGAAAGAAAUCACAAACAGAUGGUAAAAAAAAUGAUGAUAACUCAGAAGAUCUCUAUCAGUUUUACCGAAAUUUAACUCAACCGUGCAUUAUAAAGUUGAAAAAUGAACGAGAUAGACUGGUGUACGCUGCCUGGCUAUUUCGAUUGGACAAAGAACCGGCGCCGUUUAAAACUAAAGUCAUUCAACUAAUGCUCGUGUCAUUGCAUAACAUCCAUUCGUUUAGUAUAUUUUCUAACUUUCCUCCAGCAGAUUUGGCGGGUUUAGAAAUUAAAACCGAAGAGGAUACAAUACAACUUCUGAGAGACCUUCAAACCCAAACCGAUGCCAUUGAAAAGGACAGAGACGUGCUACAAGAAACCAAAUCGGACCGUCGGGUAGCUGUGUCUUCGGAUUUGUGUUCGUACGUGGUUGUUAAAACAACCAAAAGCCUAGUGCAAUCGUUUUUCGUCAGGUCUGAUACACUGAUUCACACGUGGAAUAACCCGCAGAAAAUUAUUCUACCUACCAUACUGGAUUCCAAUCAGUGGGAAAAGUCUCUGAGACGUUUGGACUUGGAAUGUCAACAGAACAAAUGCAAUCCGGUCACUCUUAAAGACGGUUGCGAGAGUAUUAUGAACAUGGAGCAGGUGUCAAAGGAAAUCGCUGCGUUCCGGUGGAACGAACACAGCGUGUUGACCAACAACAGGCCGAAAUUAAUAGCAAGUCAUAUCGACGUCGACCAAGACAUUGGAAAUCAACCGAGCACGCAGAGAAGCAUCGACGAAACGGCCAAGAACAUUGUGCAAAACAAAUCGUUUCCCGGUUACAAAAUGCUCAACCCGAAAGCGUACUCGACCAUAAUAGUUGCCAACGCCCAAUUAGUAUUGAACACCACGGGAGAAACAGCAGCCGAUUGUGACCAAACGAGACACGAGCCAGAAAAUUGCGGUUUGCCUGAAACUGCACAAAGGCCGCCCGACGCCUGCGAGAGACAACAGCCGUCCACGUCGUGUGCCGCAAGUAAAAACAACAAUAACUGCGAUAGACUAUCGAAAACGACUUGUAACGACAAUAGGCCUGAGCAAACGCCAAAGAGGAGGAGCUCGUCUUGCAAAAGGCGAAACAAGACCGUUCACGAUCGUCCGAGUACGUCGUCUCUCUGCUGCAACAACGAACGCGGCGGUCAAACGGUUAGUGCUUUGAGUACAGUUAUGGAAAACUGCAGUGAACAAAGCCCGUCUGGCGGCAACAACAACAACAACAGUUCUUGUGUGGCCAACACGACGACAAAUGGCCAGGCGUCGUUAAACGACAGUUCGAAUUACGAUUGGACAAUGUCCAGUGCGGAUUCGACGACGAAUCGGCGGGGCAGAUCACCGCAAAGGCCAAUACCAAGUCAAUGCAACGCCCAACAGCAGAAUGUGCAGUCAAACUGCAGUGGUGCUGCAAACGGUUCUAACCGUGCAAACGAUUGUCGCAACAAUAACUCGCGUGUAUCAUCCAACAGAAGCGGCCAGGCAAACGAUUGUACCAACUAUGAUUGGACGGUGUCCAGUGCGGAUUUGACGACGAACCGGCGGGGCAGGUCACCGCAAACGCCGUUGCGGCCAACUCGCGAAACGUCUCAGAGUCAAAGACGACAAAACAGCCGAGGGAGACACGCAAUCAAUGUGACUACCGAUUCGCGGUACGACGAGGCUUGUGGGUGGAGCGCAUUGGACGAAUCGGUCAACCCGAAGAGCGACUGUAGCUGUAGACCGAGCCAUUCGCCCAAGCAUUCGUACACGAGACGCAGGAGCCAUUCGGUGCCCAACAACGUGUCAUCAAACGGUAACAGCAAUCGAUGUUCUAUGUCUCCCCCCGGCAUGGAUCAUUCUCUGUAUCGGCCCGUGUACGAUGACAACUGGGAUCCGGACGUCAGCCAUUACUCGGCAUUCCGGGACCGAACAAACCGACACGUCAACGCUUCCACGUUUGUCACGUCCGAACGGCAACAACAAUCCGGUUGUAGGCCGUUAAGUCGCAGAUCGUCUUUGGUCGAUCUGCCAAACGACGCCGACGACGACGAUCCCUCUCUGGAUCGCACGAACAAUCGCUUUAGAUCCAACGGCACGCGCAGUAUGGUAGAAGCGUGGCUGGACGGACGUCAAAGCUGCCAGACCAAUCCGCGUUCGGCGCGGUUGGAUCGGAUUCUGGACGCGACCAACGCCACUGCCGAGCAGCCUUCGAUGAGACCACAAAAUGACUAUCGAUUGUACAGGGACGAGACCAUUUCGCGGGCGUUGCACAACGACACCUUGAACGAUUCCCGGUGGGAUCCAGACGCUAGCGGGUACUCUUCGUUCAACAGGAACAGGAAUCGGCGGUGGAUCAACGAUACUGGCCAUGUCACCGACGAAAGACUCGACUACUCGUUGCCGCGACGCCAGUCGUUGUUCGGCGACACGUACGACGACCACGGAGUGGAUCCCAGUGCCGGCGUCAUAACGGACCACCGGACUUACAGAAACGAAAGUCUCAACGCAAGAGUGUGGCCGAGGAUCAGAGAGUGCGAUCUCGUCGCCCGUCGACCGUGUCGUGGCCGUGGUGCCAUUGCUGAUAGAACCGCGCCACGAGUGUCGUUCGGAGACGAAGACAUUAGAGGUGUGCAAAUGCCCGUCAACAGUUUCUGCUCUGACGAACCGCAGGACGACGAACACGCGGACAUUAGAAGCGUGCAAAUGCCCAUCAACAGUUUCUGUUCUGCCGAUCUGGACGACGACGAAGACGUGGACAUUAGAAGUGUGCAAAUGCCCGUCAACAGUUUCUGUUCUGCCGAUCUGGACGACUCGCGUGGAGUAAACGAAUUGUCCAAUACUUCAUUGCAAGACACGAACAACAGCAAUUUCAGUCAGAUCUGUGAGGCUUUGCGACGAAGGAGACGAUGAAAAAAUUGAUUUAAAUAAGCGUUUUUAUUAAAAAUUAAUUAAAAAUAUUCUUUAUAAUCGUUUUGCACUCUUUUGUAGGUAGUGUGUUAGUGUUAUUUAUUGGCAUCAUCGACGUGGAACUGAGGUACAAUAAAAAUUUAGCCUUUCCCUCUUCAAAAUCGACAAAACCACCCCAAAAAUGUACACACGUGUGUGGGAUAUGAUUUAAAUAUUAUAGUACAACUUAAAUGCACUGCCACUAGAAAGGGUGGAAACCUUUUCGUUAUUUUGCUUUUGGUAUGAAUAUAUUAUAAUACAGUUGAAGACGGAUCAAUAAUAAAUAACAUAUUUGUUUUCCAAAAAUCUCCAGUCAAAUUUUGAUCAUUACGGAAAAACAAAAUCUAAAAACGCGAUUCCAAGUACAAUAAUUUGUAAGCAAAUUGUCAAUUGUGGUGGUCAAUUCAA